CCACCACCACAACGCGUUCGCGGCGACUUCACCCUUGCCAACACUGACGGCGACGGACUUUUGUACCUCUACAUGGCCUACACAUCGGGCCUCUAGAACUUGUACAUCCCGGCUUGCUAGCAUCACUUCACCUACUACCACCGCGUUUAGUCCACCAAACUCCGAUGCGUGCAAGCCCUGGAUACGUUGUCUUGCUCCUUCUGCCAUCUCUGGCUUGGGCUUCCUCUGGAGAUCGCUCAAAGGAGUAUCACGAUUGCAACGGUGCCUGCCAAUCGAAGCUAUGCAUAGAAGGAGCGACACCCCUUUCGUUACCGCUCAGGCUAACGCGAUGGACAUGCGUUGACGAAUGCAAAUAUUCAUGCAUGCACCAGCUGACUGACGACGCGAUUGCCAACCACCGCCCCGUCGAGCAGUACUACGGGAAAUGGCCCUUCUGGCGCUUUGCCGGUAUGCAGGAGCCGGCAUCGGUGGCGUUCUCGUUGCUAAACCUCUGGGCACAUGCUCGAGGGACGCGGAAGAUCCAGAGAUACGUCCGUGAAUCGCAUCCAAUGAGAAGAUAUUAUUUGUAUUGGUCGCUGGUGAGCAUAAAUGCAUGGGUUUGGUCUUCUGUAUUCCAUACGCGAGAUCUUCCCCUCACCGAAAAACUCGACUAUUUCUCCGCGGCCCUCGCUAUCUUGUAUGCACUAUACAUCAUCGUCAUCCGUGUUUUCCACCUGUAUCCUUCUGAACCGCGCAACCGCCUGACCCUCACUUCAAACCCGGAAUCCCCUCACCCCAUUGCGCACCUCGUCUGGAAGUGGACAUGCGUCCUGGCCUUCCUAGGUCACGUAACCUACCUCUCCAUUCUCCCCCGCUUCGACUACACCUACAACAUUAUUUUUAACCUAGUAGUCGGGAUGGCCCACAACCUGCUUUGGCUGCUCUAUUCCAUGCCGGCGAUACUCUCCACGUUCAGAAGAUUCCCUUACCGCGAGAGAUCGUACAGACCUUCUUUCACGGGCAAGGCAGCUGUGUUCGUUAUUUUCACUACUGCAGCCACCGGACUCGAGCUAUUUGACUUCCCUCCUUGGGGACGCGUCAUCGAUGCCCACUCGCUAUGGCACCUCGCGACGGCACCUAUAGCUCUGUUUUGGUACAAUUUUCUCGUACAAGAUGCACGAGAUGACGGGUGGAGACCGCAAAAACUAGAGAUGGCGGGCGGUUCGUUCUGGAGAAUAACUUGUGGGGAGAGUCUGCAGCCACCAGCGGCUCUCAGACGUCUCAGGUGACAGCAACCAGUGGGGAUACCAUAUCGUGGCACACUACGUACACCUGGGCGGGCGGACCAUUCCAAGUAAAGAGCUACGCCAACCUUGAUCUGAGGGUUGGCAUAGGCAAGUCUCUGUCGUCGAUCACGUCCAUUCCGACGACGUGGGAUUGGACCUAUACCUCAGCUUCAUCUGACUUGGUCGCCGAUGUUAGCUAUGAUCUGUGGCUUUCGAACGUUGCUAACUCGAGCGGAGCCUCGUCCACCAGCACCUUCGAAGUGAUGGUAUGGUUGAGCGCUCGUGGAGGAGCCGGUCCGGCUGGUUCUCAGAUUGGGACUGCAAGCGUGAAUGGGGUCACGUGGAAGCUUUUCAAGGGAACCGUGUCGACUUGGACCGUCUUCUCCUUCGUCGCACCCACGGAAAUAACAGACUUCAACUCGGAUCUCAAGCCAUUCUUCACAUUCCUAACUGCGAAUCAGGGAGUGCCUUCUUCCCAGUUCCUUGUGCAGGCGCAGGCCGGCACCGAACCUUUCGUCGGCUCGGCAACCCUCACAACCACGAAGUACAGCAUCUCCAUAAACUGAUCGCUCCACCGGCUGCGGAGAUUAUCGCCCCAUGACUGUCCCUAAGAUUUGCAUAGGCUUCCACUGGAGUACAUUCUGCUGCGCAAUUCUUGUAUCUUGAGCUGAGAAGCCAAUCCCACUCCUUGCACAACAUAGG